UCUCCGGCGGUGAUUGGUCAGAACCUGGCCAAUGGCGGCAUGGCCUGGGCCCCGCCCGGGCCGCGAGCUUCGGGGAGCUCGAGGCGGGGCUGCGGCGGCUGAGGCGGCGGCGGCGGCGGCGGCGACGCGUCCGGGCAGGAUUGAGUCGCCCACUGUCCAGCACGUCUGGGAUGGGUAAUGGUGUGCAGGAAGGCUCGGUGCGCCUGCGCGAAGAUGCCGAAACUGUUCUGUCUGGGGCUGUCUCCUCAAAGAGAGACCACAGGCAAGUGCUCAGUUCCCUGCUGUCCGGAGCCCUGGCCGGUGCACUUGCCAAAACAGCAGUAGCCCCCCUGGACCGAACCAAGAUCAUCUUCCAAGUGUCUUCGAAGAGAUUUUCUGCCAAGGAGGCCUUCCGGCUCCUCUACUUCACCUACCUCAAUGAGGGAUUCCUCAGCCUAUGGCGUGGGAACUCGGCCACCAUGGUUCGAGUGAUUCCAUAUGCUGCCAUCCAGUUCAGCGCCCACGAGGAGUACAAGCGUGUCCUGGGACACUACUAUGGCUUCCGUGGAGAAGCCCUGCCCCCAUGGCCCCGCCUCUUGGCUGGAGCCCUGGCAGGAACCACAGCUGCUUCCCUCACUUACCCUCUGGACCUGGUCAGAGCGAGGAUGGCUGUGACGCCCAAGGAAAUGUAUGGCAACAUCUUUCACGUCUUCAUCCGCAUCUCAAGAGAGGAAGGGCUGAAGACCCUGUACUUUGGGUUCAUACCCACUGUGCUGGGCGUCAUUCCCUACGCGGGACUCAGCUUCUUCACAUAUGAGUCGCUGAAGAGCCUGCACCGAGAGUACAGUGGCCGCCCGCAGCCCUACCCCUUCGAGCGCAUGGUCUUUGGGGCCUGUGCUGGCCUCAUCGGGCAGUCAGCUUCCUACCCUCUGGACGUGGUGAGGCGGCGCAUGCAGACGGCGGGCGUCACAGGCCACCAGCAUGGCUCCAUCCUGAGCACUCUGCGCUCCAUCGUUCGUGAGGAGGGCGCGGUGCGGGGCCUCUAUAAGGGCCUGAGCAUGAACUGGCUGAAGGGCCCGAUUGCGGUGGGAAUCAGCUUCACCACUUUCGACCUCAUGCAGAUCCUGCUGCGCCGGCUGCAGAGCUAGGCCCCGCAACAGUGGGUGGUGAGCUGGUGGAUUGAGGGCACGCAGCUGUGCGCUGGCAGCCCUGACGGUACCUUGAGGAUGGGCAGGAGGGUGGGACCUGGCUUGGGGCCAAGAGCCCAUAGCAAAGUGAUGAUGGAUCCUGGUUGGGCCCUCCCCUCAGCUCCUUGCUAGUGGCUGGUGAGUCUCCCAGGGGUGUGACCCCAAGGCCCCUAAGGGGUCAGCUGCACUUCCUGGCCCUGCUGCUGAUUCUAGUGUCCACUAGCACACUGGGCUCAGAGCCCACCCCUUCUUGCUACGACGUGCCUGGCCUGCAGAUGUGAUGGCCCUUCUCUCAAAGCCACACACUGGGGGUCACAGCUUGCUCAGUGGUGGCUGUACCUGUGUCCCUCAGCCCUCCACCAUGCUGCUCAUCCUCUCCCAGGUGACAGAUGGCUGCUCUUGCCCACAUAGCUUUCUUCCCAGAGCACUAUGCCCAUCCCAUUCCUGAGGGCUGCACCUGAUCUUUGCCAACUACCUGGCUUGUAACCUUUCCAGGAGGCCCCACAGCCACCAGGCAGGAAGUGCGGGUACAAGCCUCACUGGAAAUGCCCAUGUGGGGUCUCCCUCACCUGGGAUGUCUUCCAAAGCACGUUACCCAGGCCACCAUGCAGGCCCAAAGGCUUUUGUUUGCACAGCACCCAUGGAGAUGGGGCACAAACUCCUGAAACUGCCCAACCCUGAACUCUGGGCCUUCUGAGGGUCCCCAGUCCCCACCCAGGCUGUCAUUCAGUGAGGCCAAAUGAAGGCCCAAGAUGGGCAGCGUGGCCUGUGAGAAUGAGUGCAGAGGUGUUUUGGGCACCUGACGACCACCAGCCAGCUGAUCUCAAGGAGAACUCUCCUGGGGUCCCCGAUGUGUCACAGGGACUCCAUGCCUUUUCUGAGGUCUGGGGUUCUUGAUUUGGGGUCUUUGAGACAGCCCCCUCCCCCAGAAGCCGUGGCUAGCAUGCCCCUCAGUGUGUCGCCUGGGCUAGCCUCCAACUUGCAGCAAUCCUCUUGCCUCUAGUUUCUAGUUUUCAACUUAUCCUGGCACAGGUCUGCACACACAAACCCUACUCUGUGCAAUCCAGUUCUGGCUCAGAGGUGAGCCAGGUGUUGCCUCCCACAGCUGGAUGGCAGCCAUCUCACACGUGGGCCUGCACUUGCUUGAGCCCAGGCAGUUUUAGUCCAGACUGCAGUCCUUCUCUUCCUGUAUUUCUUACCUUGUACCUGUGAUGCUUGGCCAUGUCCCUGCCUCCUUUGCAGAUGGUGACGGGCCAUCCCCACCAGGUCUCCAGGCACCCUGUGGUGGCUAUGAGGGACCACCCUCAUCCUCUUGUGAGCAUACUGCCCACUCUGUUCCUUGCCUGGCCCCAUACUGAGGUGGAGAGGCAGGGCACCCCACACCAGGAGGUUAGAUAGAGCAGGUGGUACCAUGUAGAUGGCCGGGCAGAGCCCUGCAUCGGGCAGCCGGCUGGGUGGAAGAGGUGAGGGUGUCACAGGUCCCUGAUCUGCUUGCCCAUAUGCCUCCCAGUAGCUCUAGCCUGGGCCUUUUGGCCUCUGUGGCUGCCCUUUCCCAUGGUCACUGUCCAGUCUGGAGUUCUAUUUUGAUGCCAUGAAAACAUUUUGUUUAUAUACAAUGUUUAUAUAUUUUAAAGAUUUGUGCC